GAAGAAGAAGAAGAAAAUGGCGGACUCUUCAAAUGAGACAGCGCUCGCCCAUCGCGUUUAUACAAGUCUUCUGGCUGCACCCUGUCCCUUGCUGGAAAGUGUGUACUUGCAGGAUCCUGAGGACAUGCUGCAGCUCCUAUGCACUCCAUCCCAACUCCGCACCGACAUACUGACCUGGAUCUGCUGCAGUAUAGACCCAAACUUUGCCAGUUUGAAAGACAAGGCGUCCAAGAUCAGAAACCCGGAUAUUUUGAUAAAGGGGAUUGCUGCACUUGGCCAGGACUUGAUGCUGUGCAAAGGAGACAACUUGGACUUGAUAAAGGGUGAUGCAAAUUGCCGCCAGCAGCUUCAGUUCUUUGUGCAACUUCUCGAUGUGUUCCUGCAUUCCAAUGUAACCACUGAGCAUGGUGCGGAAAUGCUACUGGACACCCUCUUCACUGCUGAGAGUCUGCCUCAUCUCACUCAAAUGCUCACGCCCUCACUGGACCUGUGGCCUUCAAACAUCACGGCUUUACACAAGAGUGCCAAAUCAAAUCACAAGCCAGGAAGUGACAAUGCUGAGAACACUGCUGCCCUUAUUCAGUCUACCCGCUCCGUGCUGGAGAAGCUACAGUCAGAGUGUGAUGUCCUGAAAAAUGAGGUGCCAAGUGCCCGUGUCUUCACUCCCAGCGCACUGCAUUUGGCAAUGGGCGACCUCCAGCAGUUGAUGACUACUUUCUGCCACAUGUAUGAGACAGACCUGAGAGCUUGCUGCACUCGAGAGCCACCUAAUUUUAGCACAGAGACCGAAGUCUUCCAGAGAGUAUACGAACUGCUGCUGGCCUGCAACACGGAGUUGGAAAUGCUAACCGAAGUGUCUGGCGCAUCAACGUGUGUGAGCGACCAAGUGAGCCAGCUGCAAACAAAAGUGUGCUGUGGGAGUCAGGGAAAGAAAGGCACUCUAUCCGAGCAACUGGAUGAAUUAAACAGGCGAUACAAAGACUUUGUCUCCCGCCUUCAUCCCUCAGUGCAGCCCUUGCAGCAAACAAUACACCAAUAAAUGGCUUGAUGGUCACUCCUGGGAAGGUUCACCACUGUUCCAUGUUUUCACUGUUUGUCACCUUUUCCACACAGGGCCAUGUAGGUUUGGAUUUUUUUCUCCCUUAAUUAUUUAAAAACUGCAUUUUGUGUUCAGUUGUGUUGUCGUUGACUAAUAUUUAAAUUAGUUUGUUGAUGUGAAACAGUGUGGCAAACGUGCAAAAAAUAAGAAAUCGGGAAGAGAGCAACACUUUUCCACACAACUGUAUAUAGCUUUUAUGGCUCUCUUAGCCAAAAAGGUUCCCAAUCCCUGGUCUAGAGCCUUCUUCCGACCAUCACUGGUGGAGGAACAAGUACGCACGUUACUACUCUGUACUGUUUUUAAGAAAUUAAAAUUUAAUAGACCUACACACUUGACUGUUCACAGUAUCUUUAUGAAGCCACAACAAUGCAGCGACAUCCUCUACUCAGUGUACUUAC